GAGAAGCCGACGUCGCUCUACAGCCUCACCGAGGAGGAGGUCAUGCUCAAGGAGGCCGUUAAGAAGUUCUCGGAGGAGGUCGUCGCACCGCGAGUCUACGAGAUGGACGAGAACGAGAAGAUGGACCCGGCCAUCAUCAAGGGCCUGUUCGAGCAGGGUCUCAUGGGCAUCGAGACGGACCCGGAGCACGGCGGCGCCGGCGCCUCGUUCACCUCUGCGAUCCUCGCCAUCGAGGAGCUCGCCAAGGUCGACCCGGCCGUCAGCGUGUGCUGCGACGUCCACAACACGCUCGUCAACACCGUCUUCCGCAAGUACGCGAGCGACCACCUCAAGAACAAGUACCUCCCGCUGCUCUCCUCCGAGAAGCUCGGCUCGUUCGCCCUGUCGGAGCCUGCGUCCGGCUCGGACGCGUUCGCGCUCAAGACGACUGCCAAGAAGAGCGAGGACGGCUCGUACUACACGCUUAACGGCUCCAAGAUGUGGAUCACCAACUCGGCAGAGGCCGACAUCUUCCUCGUCUUCGCGACGGUCGACCCGAGCAAGGGCUACAAGGGCAUCUCGUGCUUCGUCGUCGAGAAGGAGAUGGGCGUCGAGAUCGCCAAGAAGGAGAAGAAGCUCGGCAUUCGCGCAUCGUCGACCUGCACGCUCAACUUUGACGACCUCAAGAUCCCGGCAGAGAACCUGCUCGGCGUCGAGGGCCAGGGCUACAAGUACGCCAUCGAGAUCCUGAACGAGGGCCGUGUCGGUAUCGCUGCGCAGAUGGUCGGCCUCGCCCAGGGCGCCUUCGACAAGUCGGUCUCGUACGCGUUCCAGCGCAAGCAGUUCGGCCAGGCCGUCGGCCUCUUCCAGGGCAUGCAGAUGCAGUUUGCCGACGUCGCGACCGAGAUCGAGGCGGCGCGCCUCCUGACGUACAACGCGGCUCGCCUCAAGGAGCAGGGCCACGCGUUCACCAAGCAGGCCGCCAUGGCCAAGUGGUACUCGUCGGUCGUCGCGCAGAAGGCGUCGGGCAGCGCGAUCGAGUGGGCGGGCGGCGUCGGCUACACUCGCGAGACCGGCAUCGAGAAGUACUGGCGCGACUCGAAGAUUGGCGCGCUCUACGAGGGCACCAGCAACAUCCAGCAGAUCACUAUCGGCAAGUUCAUCACUAAGGAGUACUCUUGAGAGCCUCGUCGACGUCGCCCUCGCCAUUCCUGUCGGUCUCGAGAUGCGCCAAGACGGACACCUCGAGGACGAGGGCUCGCAAAGAUUGUCCUCACCCCCUCCUUCCCUGUCAUUCCUACUGUUCUGCAACCUGCAACAUCGUCGUACCACAGCUCG